AUGCCGGAACUUUUCGGCACGUUGAAUCAACCAAGGCAUACACGCCGUCCGCCGUUGUUUCCAGAAGAAUGGGUUACCCUCUUUGAUCAUGAAGGUAAAUUAGCCGUGCCCGUGCAACGUAUUCGUCAACUCAUUUUUCAAGGCGGUUUGGACCAUGAUAUUCGCAUUGAAGCAUGGAAAUUUUUGCUCGGUUUGUAUCCGUGGGAUUCCAACUAUAACGAACGUGAAGCUAUUCGUCGUAGCCAAAGGGACAUGUACUUUUAUUCCAUCAAAGCCAAAUGGUUCGACCAUCCUGAAGUGCGUGAAUCAAGAGAGUUUCAAGAUGAGAAGCACCGUAUUGAUAAGGAUGUACAUCGUACAGAUCGUUCUCAGGAAGCCUUUGUAGGUGAUGAGUUGCCUAAUCCAGACCCACAAAUGAAUGUUGGUACCAACCCCAAUUUGGAGAUCAUGAAGGAUAUUUUGGUGAGCUAUAACUUUUAUAAUGCGGACCUGGGGUACGUACAAGGCAUGUCGGAUUUAUUGGCCCCCCUCUUUGUUGCCAUGGGAGACGAGGCGAUGGCAUUCUGGGCGUUCAAAGCGUUUAUGGAGAGAGUGCAGUCGAACUUUUAUAUGGAUCAGUCCGGUAUGCAUGGCCAGCUUAAACUGCUAAAUAGCUUGAUCAAGUUUAUGGAUCCCAUAUUGUAUCAGCGACUAGAGGAAACGGAAACUUCAAAUCUUUUCUGUUGCUUUCGGUGGCUACUGGUGUGGUUCAAACGUGAAUUUGACUGGGAAGAUGUCAUUAAGUUAUGGGAGGUAUUAUGGACAGAUUAUCUGACAGAUAAGAUGGUGUUGUUUAUUGCUAUAGCGAUAUUGGACGCUCAUCGAAAGGUGAUUUUGGAAGACUUGCAUCAGUUUGAUGAAGUGUUAAAGUAUAUCAAUGAUCUCAGCGGUAAUAUACCUCUAGAGUCUACGUUAGAGAGGGCCGAAGUUCUGUAUUAUCAAUUCGAAAGGAAAGUCAAAGCUAUGCAACGCAAGCAAUCACUCUUCCAACAGCAGUUGCAGAUAAGAUCCGUUUGGAAUAGUGCGGAACGAUCAAAAAUUCAAGACCGCAUUAGCAGAUUACAAGUGCCUGCUAUUCUGUUACAGCUAUUACCUCCUCAUCCAACCCCUUCUUCAUAA